GGGUUGAAACUUGAAAAGCAGCUUUAGCUCUGAGUGAUUCCGAGGAGAAGUAAUGGCUGCGAUCGCCAGAACGCACGUGCUCGGUGUUGUGGGUUUUCAGCUCAAAGAAUCUGAAAUGCCUAUUGCGUGUUCCUCCAGCUUAAUCCGCAGGGACAUUGGAGAUUAUCCUCAGCGCAAUGUGGGUCUAAGACGCAGAAAAAAUGCUACGAUUCUUCCCGAGAUCAGAGCCCAGAAUGUUCCGGGGUAUGUUCCAGAAUCCCAGUUUUACAAAGUAGAAGCCAUUCUCAGGCCAUGGCGAGUCGCUCAGGUUUCUUCGGCUUUGUUGAAAAUGGGAAUUCGUGGUGUCACUGUAUCUGAUGUCAAAGGCUUUGGUGCUCAAGGUGGUUCAAAGGAGAGGCAGGGAGGCUCUGAAUUUUCUGAAGGCAAUUUUGUUGCCAAAGUUAAAAUGGAAAUAGUAGUGAGAAAGGACCAGGUUGAGGAAGUAAUUGACAAAAUUAUCGAGGAGGCAAGGACUGGCGAGAUUGGUGAUGGAAAAAUUUUCUUGAUCCCCGUCUCAGAUGUCAUAAGAAUUCGGACAGGUGAACGUGGGGAGCAGGCAGAGAGGAUGAGUGGGGGGCGAAGUGACAUGUUAUCUUCUGUAUGACUGGUUGGAGCGAAAGAUCAUCUGCAUCCGCAUUUGUCAUAUGGUUCUCUCACCCAUUCUCCUUUUCCCUAGUCACCUGUGGAAUUUGGAAUGCAUUACGAUGCUGUAUUAUGCUUUUAAUAUUUUGUACUUUGCUGUUGGAAGAUGUAUGACAGACAGUAUUGUAAGUGUAGUGUAGUUAUGUGGUGAAGAAAAUUGUGAAAAAAUAAUUAACAAAUGCUGAAUUUUUUUUUUUUUUUUUACAGUUAACUAAUGCUGAGUUACUUCAUAGUCAAUAUGAACUUGGUAAUAUUUGAUCGUGGAAAAACCAAUCUGGUGUACUUAUGUAAUCAUUUUGUUGCCAUGUCAGAUGACAGCAAGAUGUAUGAGUUGCAAUAAAAUUAAUGACAUGAUAUAGA